AUGUCUCCUCAGUAUCCCCCUGCUCCACGCCAGCUUGCACCAAUGAUGCCAGUACCACCAACAUAUUUUAUGAACAGUCAGCAAUCAUCAGAUAUGAACAAUCAACAAUUAUCAUCAUGUUCACAAACUUCUGGCCAAAAUUUCUCGCAUGGAUUUCACGUAACUGAGGACACUUUUCCUGAGCGUGAUUUAAUUUCUGGAGUUAACCAGAUUUUAAGAAAUGGUAAACACUGAAAUAUUAUAUAUUGUACUUAGAAACAUAUAUAUGUAACAGCCAAUUCAAAGGUUGGCCUUUGCAAAUCUAAAUAGUAAUUUAUGGCCUUGUCAGCACAUAUUGCAUGUAUCAUUCCUAAUCUUUGUUUUUUAAUGUGUUAUUAAGACAUAUUUGAAGAUCAGCCAUUAAACGCACCAAGCUUAAAUCUAGACUUACUUGGAACUGGUAAGUGAUACGUUUUUGAUAUAUCUAAUAACUGGUAUCAUUGAUAUUUUCCUGUUCAGUUGCUUUUAUUUAAAGAUCAGCUCGUUUUAAUUACAGUAUGCGUGUGUUACAAUGAUUAUGGAUAAUAUCGGCGCUUUCCAUUUAAUGGCCUGACCGGUCAGACCCGAAUUGUUUUCUCUGUGUCAAUGUUUUUCAAAUAUCUAGCGAAAAUGGACCUUAUUCUAAUGUUAUCGAAUGAUGGAAAGCGCCCAUGUCACCUUAAUUGAAUUAUAAUUGCCUAUUUUUAUUUCAAUUUACUUCCAGGUUCGAGUUCAUGUCCAGCUUCCAUUGGUAAUGAAGCAUCAAGAUCGAGCAACCGGAGACAGGAGCAAUCGGAUGGUAAUUGUGUAUAACUACCUCGUGCUAACAUCUGCCAUUUACAAUAGAUACUAAUGUUCAUCGGCAAUCUAAUAUUGCGAGUACACCAAAAGCCCGCACAUCAGCUGGAAAGAGUACCCACAGGAGUACAG